UUCUUCAAACCAGUCCCAAUCAAAUCAAAAAAAGACAAAAUGACUCAAGAAUUUAAACCCAUCAGUCUUUGGUCACCAAAUCCAUCAACAGGAGAAAGAGGAACAUCAACCAAACUAUCAUCAAAUCAAAAAUCUUUAAUCACAUUCGCAUCUGGACGUUCAAUCUUUAUCAAGAACAUAGACACAUUAGAUUCGAUCUCUUAUACUGGUCAUAUCCAUCAAACUACCGUAGCCAAGUUUUCACCUUCUGGAAAUUAUAUUGCUUCAGGUGAUAUUACGGGUGGGGUUAGAGUUUGGGAUGUGGUGGGUGAAGAUCAAGUUUUAAAAGUUGAAGUUAAAGCUAUUGCUGGUAGGAUUAAUGAUUUAGCUUGGGAUUCUGAUAAUGGUGGAAAACGGAUUAUUGCAGUUGGUGAAGGUAGAGAAAGAUAUGGACAUGCGUUUACGAUCGAUGGUGGUAAUUCAGUAGGAGAAAUUGGCGGUCAUUCAAAGACUGUCAGAGCUGUUUGUAUGAAAGCUUCAAGACCGUAUCGUGCAGUAACUGCGAGUGAUGAUACCACUUUAGCUUUCUUUCAAGGAACUCCAUACAAAUACGAAAAAACGAUCAAAACUCACACAAAGUUUAUCCAAUCGGUAGAAUAUUCAUCAGAUGAUAGUCUAUUUGCAUCAUCAGGAUCGGAUUCAAAAAUAUUUUUGUAUAAUGGUACCACAGGUGAAAUGAUUCAUGAAAUCAGUUUAGAUGAACCACAUAACGGAACGGUGUUUUCAAUUAGUUGGUCUAAUUCUAAACCUACUAGUUUAACUUCUUUUUCUGCUGAUGGGACUAUAAAGUUAUGGGAUACUGAAAAACAAAAACACGUAAAGACUUGGACAAUUGCAAAGAAUCCAUUACCUGAACAACAACAAGUUGGUGGAACUUGGGUUGAUGAUCAUAGGUUUUGUUCUUUAUCUUAUAAUGGAGAUAUCACCGUUUUAGAUGAACGAGAUCCAAAUCCAGUCAAAAUAAUUUAUGGUGUACAAAAAGGAAUCAUAUCAGCUACUAAGAAUUCGAAUGAAUUGUAUGCUGGUGAUCAUUCUGGAAGAGUGGUCAAGUAUUCGGAUCAAGGUGUUUGUGAACUUGUUGGUAAAUCUAAUGGGUCUAAUAUCAUUUCGAUUUCACAAUCAAAAUCAAAGAUAUACUCUAUCGGAUUAGAUGAUCAAGUUAGAUCCAUUGAUCCGAAAUCAGGUGAAUAUAGCUCUACAGAAAUAGUACCUUUACCUGAGCAACCCAAAGCGAUCUCAACUCGUCCAACAGUUGAUAAUAUUUCAUUAGUGGUCACUUCUAAAGAAGCUAGAUUGGUGAGCGAUGGUAAUGCUUUGGCCACCAUUCCACUUGAUUAUUCGGCUACAGCAUGUGCAUUCACUGCUGAUUAUGCUGCUAUCGGAUCUACUGAUGGAAAAGUACAUAUUUAUAAAUAUUCAUCCAAUACUUUAACUCAUUCCAAAACCUUGGAGUUACAUAAAUCAUCCAUCAGUACAAUGUCAACUGAUCCUUCUGGAAAAGUUUUAGCAAGUGGUGAUGAUGCUGGUAAAAUUAUGGUGAUUGAAUUAAAUGAGACAUUUAAGAUCAAGAUUAGUAAUCAAUGGUGUUGGCAUACUGGAAAAGUGUUUAGUUUGGAUUGGAAUAAGGAAGGAAAUUGUUUGGUUUCAGGUGGUUUAGAUACUAAUCUGUUUAUUUGGAAUUUAGAAAAACCAAUGAGAAAGAUUGCCAUUAAGAAUGCUCAUGUAGGUGGUACUACAAUGGUAGGUUGGGAAAAUAAAAAUCAGGAUGAUAAAAAACCUAUGAUCAUUUCUUGUGGAGCAGAUGGAGCGGUUAGAAGAUUUCAAUUAGAUUUAACUAAAUUAAAAGCCUAAGAGUCUCAGAGAUCUGUAGAUGAAAAUAGGAUGAAAUUGUAUUUUUUUUUGUAUGAAGCUGAAAUUCGUGAAUGAAUGAAAUUCAAGAACAUUUUUGUGAUGUGUAGAAAGUUAUAUUUGUUGUUUAUGUUGGUGCAAUGUGAAAUGAAAUGCAAUGAA